GCGGGAGGAGCGGAAACCGCCGGGAGCGCCCUGCUCGAAGCCGCGCCGGCCAAGCGCGCGCUGAGGAGCGGCGGGGCGGCCUCCGUCCGGCCCGGCCCGGAGCGGCGCGCGCCCCCUCCCCGCUGCCCCCCCGGCGCGGCCCCGCCCGGACCCGCCCGAGCUCGUCGCGGGCCCCCGGCCCGGCCCCGGCCCGAUCGCCGCCACCUGAGCCCCUACGCCGGCGCCAUGGCGGAGCAGGAGAGCCUGGAGUUCGGCAAGGCGGACUUCGUGCUGAUGGACACCGUCUCCAUGCCCGAGUUCAUGGCCAACCUCAAGCUCAGAUUUGAGAAGGGACGCAUCUACACGUUCAUUGGAGAAGUCGUCGUUUCUGUGAAUCCUUACAAGUUGUUGAACAUCUACGGAAGAGACACAAUCGAGCAGUAUAAAGGACGUGAGCUGUAUGAGAGACCCCCUCAUCUCUUUGCUAUCGCUGAUGCUGCUUACAAGGCUAUGAAGAGGCGAGCAAAAGACACUUGUAUUGUGAUAUCAGGGGAAAGUGGAGCUGGUAAAACGGAAGCCAGUAAGUACAUUAUGCAGUAUAUUGCAGCCAUCACCAACCCUGGUCAGAGAGCAGAGGUUGAAAGAGUGAAGAAUAUGUUGCUUAAGUCCAACUGUGUUUUGGAAGCUUUUGGAAAUGCCAAAACCAACCGUAAUGACAACUCAAGCAGAUUUGGAAAAUACAUGGAUAUCAACUUUGAUUUCAAGGGGGACCCUAUUGGUGGACACAUCAAUAACUACUUAUUGGAGAAGUCUCGAGUGAUUGUGCAACAGCCAGGGGAAAGAAGCUUUCAUUCUUUCUAUCAGCUACUCCAAGGAGGUUCAGAGCAGAUACUACGUUCUCUACAUCUCCAGAAAUCCCUUUCAUCCUACAACUAUAUCCAUGUGGGAGCUCAAUUAAAGUCUUCGAUCAAUGAUGCUGCAGAAUUCAAAGUAGUAGCUGAUGCCAUGAAAGUCAUUGGCUUCACACCUGAGGAGAUUCAAACAGUGUAUAAAAUUUUGGCGACUAUUCUUCACUUGGGAAAUUUAAAAUUUGUAGUAGACGGUGACACGCCUCUUAUUGAGAACGACAAGGUUGUAUCUAUCAUAGCAGAAUUGCUGUCUACUAAGACAGACAUGGUUGAGAAAGCCCUUCUUUACCGGACUGUGGCUACAGGCCGUGACAUCAUUGACAAGCAACACACCGAGCAAGAAGCCAGCUACGGCAGAGAUGCCUUUGCCAAGGCAAUAUAUGAGCGCCUUUUUUGUUGGAUCGUUACUCGCAUCAAUGAUAUUAUUGAGGUCAAGAACUAUGACACGACAAUCCAUGGGAAAAACACUGUCAUUGGUGUCUUGGAUAUCUAUGGCUUUGAAAUCUUUGACAACAACAGCUUUGAACAAUUCUGUAUCAAUUACUGCAAUGAGAAACUGCAGCAGCUAUUUAUCCAGCUGGUUCUGAAACAAGAGCAAGAGGAAUACCAGCGGGAAGGGAUCCCUUGGAAGCACAUUGACUACUUCAACAAUCAGAUCAUUGUGGACCUUGUGGAGCAGCAGCACAAAGGGAUCAUUGCAAUCCUAGAUGACGCUUGCAUGAAUGUUGGCAAAGUCACCGAUGAAAUGUUCCUUGAAGCGCUUAACAGUAAAUUGGGCAAACAUGGUCAUUUUUCCAGCCGAAAGGUCUGUGCCUCAGACAAAAUUUUGGAGUUUGAUCGAGAUUUUCGAAUUCGACAUUAUGCAGGUGAUGUAGUCUAUUCUGUCAUUGGUUUUAUUGACAAAAAUAAAGACACUUUGUUUCAAGAUUUCAAGCGCCUUAUGUAUAACAGUUCCAAUCCUGUGCUGAAGAAUAUGUGGCCCGAAGGCAAACUGAGCAUUACAGAGGUGACCAAGCGACCUCUGACUGCCGCUACCCUGUUUAAGAAUUCCAUGAUUGCUUUAGUAGACAACCUUGCGUCAAAGGAGCCAUAUUACGUACGUUGUAUCAAACCCAAUGACAAGAAGUCCCCACAGAUAUUUGAUGAAGAACGCUGCCGGCAUCAAGUGGAAUAUCUUGGACUACUGGAAAAUGUCAGAGUGCGUCGGGCAGGAUUUGCCUUCCGCCAGACCUAUGAGAAGUUUCUUCACAGGUAUAAGAUGAUCUCUGAGUUCACCUGGCCCAACCAUGACCUCCCUUCAGACAAAGAGGCUGUCAAGAAACUGAUUGAACGGUGUGGGUUUCAGGAUGAUGUCGCUUAUGGGAAGACCAAAAUUUUCAUUCGAACACCCCGAACAUUGUUUACCUUGGAAGACCUCCGUGCCCAGAUGCUCGUAAGGAUUGUCCUCUUUCUACAAAAGGUGUGGCGGGGCACCCUGGCCCGCAUGCGGUACAAGAGAACCAAGGCAGCUCUGACAAUAAUCAGGUACUACCGGCGCUACAAAGUGAAGUCAUACAUCCAUGAGGUAGCCAGGCGCUUCCACGGGGUCAAGACCAUGAGAGACUACGGCAAGCAUGUGAAGUGGCCAACCCCUCCUAAGGUUCUUCGCCGUUUCGAGGAGGCCCUACAGGCGAUUUUUAAUAGAUGGAGAGCAUCCCAGCUCAUCAAGAGCAUUUCUGCUUCAGACCUGCCACAGGUCAGGGCAAAGGUUGCCGCCAUGGAAAUGUUGAAGGGUCAAAGGGCUGACCUUGGGCUCCAGAGAGCCUGGGAGGGCAACUACCUUGCUUCGAAGCCAGAUACACCUCAGACCUCAGGCACUUUUGUCCCUGUUGCUAAUGAACUGAAACGGAAGGACAAAUACAUGAAUGUCCUCUUUUCCUGUCAUGUCCGUAAGGUGAAUCGAUUUAGUAAAGUGGAAGACCGAGCAAUUUUUGUCACUGACCGUCACCUGUAUAAAAUGGAUCCCACUAAACAGUACAAGGUGAUGAAGACUAUCCCUCUGUACAACUUAACUGGUCUGAGCGUCUCCAAUGGAAAGGACCAACUUGUAGUGUUCCAUACAAAAGACAACAAAGACCUCAUUGUCUGUCUGUUCAGCAAGCAGCCAACCCAUGAGAGUCGAAUUGGAGAACUCGUUGGAGUGCUGGUGAAUCAUUUCAAGAGUGAGAAGCGCCACCUUCAAGUGAACGUCACCAACCCGGUGCAGUGCAGCCUGCACGGGAAGAAGUGCACCGUCUCCGUGGAGACUCGGCUCAACCAGCCGGAGCCCGACUUCACCAAGAACCGCUCGGGCUUCAUCCUGAGCGUGCCCGGGAACUGAGGCCGCCGCGGGAGGCCUGGCCCGAGCCGGGCCCGCGCCCGGGCAGGAGCCUCGUCCCCUUCUCCGAGGCCGUUGUGUCGUGAGGUUUCUUCCCGGCUUUCUGCCUUUGGUGUCUGCCUUCCUCUGUCCUGACUUUCCACGGUCCCUGCUCAAAAAACCAAAGACCCUGGUGUCCCACCCCAGACCCCCGGGCUCACGGCCAGACCACGCCUCGCCCCAGAGGCAGCCGACGGUGCCUUAGCUGGUGCAGGUGUUCCUGGAACGGCCAGGUCAAGUCAGCGCUCCGUGAGCCGGUGAUCAGCUGCUGACCCUGCCAAGGGACAGGCGGGGAGAGCCCAGGACGCAGCUUCCCAGCCAAAGACGUGCUCUCUUGGGGUGUCGGGGAGACCUGGUGGACGUGAGCUGGGGGUGCAGCCCUGCACUCUCCGUGACCCCACCUGCCACCCCUGCCCCCCAGGGUGACCCAGCUCUCAGGACCCUGCUCAGGGAGGCUCGUCUCAGAGCUCAGCACACUCACCCACCCCACCCCCUGCAGCCAGCCAAAGCCACCAGGGGAGCAGGGGCACCUGCAGAGCCCAGCCCCUCAGCCAGGAGUCAUGCCCAGCCGGGAGGCCAGCGUCCCACCCCGCCCCUGCCCGCAGCUCCGGAGAGAGCAGUGUGCCCGCGCCCGGGAUCCUCUCACCUAACCCACAGCCCGUGGCCAUCUUACACUUAUUUUUGCAGUUUGCAGGGCUGCUAAUCAGAUAUCUGCUGUCACCACACUUGUGUCAAGAAUCCUAAUGAGAAAAUGGAGCUGCCGGGGCGAGGGGAACAGGCAGGGCUGGCAGCUUUCCCUUUCUAACACCUCGCUUCUCCUCACUGAAGAACUAGGACGGGGCGGGGCCGGAGCACACGGGAGCGACGGGG